AUGAAGUUCGGCAAGGAUUUCCGGAGCCACCUGGAGGGCACGCUGCCGGACUGGAAGGACAAGUACCUCGCCUACAAGGCGCUCAAGAAGCUCAUCAAGACGCUGCCGCCCGACGCCGACCAGCCGCCGCCCCCGCCGCCCCUGCCCCCGGCCGGGCACGGCGACGGCGGCCUCGGGGACUGGUUCGCCCGGAUCCUCGACGUCGAGCUCCACAAGCUCAACGACUUCUACAUGGAGAGGGAGGAGUGGUACGUCAUCCGCCUCCAGGUGCUAAAGGAGAGGAUUGAGCGAGUCAAAGCUAAGAAGAAUGGUGCUUUUACAUCCAAAACUGAGUUCACUGAAGAAAUGUUAGAGAUACGUAGAGAUUUCGUGCUUAUCCACGGCGAAAUGAUACUUCUGCAGACCUACAGCUCCCUGAAUUUUGCUGGGCUAGUGAAGAUACUGAAGAAGUAUGACAAAAGAACAGGCGGCGUGCUCAGCCUACCUUUCACUCAGCGAGCUCGCCACCAACCAUUUUUCACCACGGGACCGUUAACAAGACUUGUUCGAGAAUGUGAGGCUAAUCUUGAAAUCCUUUUCCCUGUUGAAGAUGAAGUACUCGAGUCUGGUUCCUCUUCAAAGCAUCAGGCUCACAAUGAUGCGGCUAGUCGUGACCCAGCUUCAUCUUGCGACGCAGAAACCUCAGAGGUGUACCGAAGCACACUCGCAGCAAUGAAAGCGAUAGAGGGCCUCAAGAAAGCCAGCUCUACCUACAAUGCCCUGUCUCUGGCUAGGUUCUUCCAUGGAGAGGAUGGCGAAGCAUGUUCUGGCGCCAUAACAUCUGAGAGCUCGUUAUCAGAUUCCAUGACAGAUUCCCAGGUAGAAGAUGCUGACAAGAACGACAAAGAGGUGCAAUCAAAGGAGCAGAGCGCUGCUCAAACUGACCAUAACGCGGAAGCGGAGCGACGCGGUGGAUAA